GGUCUUUGGGGCCCUAAAUAUAACAUACCUAAGCUGGAAUUCUCGCCUGUUCAAAAUGACACACGUUUGUACUAAUUUCACACGACAUUUUAGUUCAGGCAUAUCCGCGGACGCCUCCUCACCCGGAGUUUCAGCGUGACCUCUACACUGCAGUUGAAAAAUACUUGAUAGCGGAGACAAAAUCAAUUAAACUGUGACGACGUGAUCCUUCCAUGGCGGAACGGUGACAAUCUGACGGAAAGUUCCAUUCAUUCUUGUGUACACAAGCAGCAAGAAGGGCUUAUGUGCUCCUCGCCGCGUCGUCUCCGGCUCGGAGUGCUCAGUGUUGUCGGCGUUGAGCCAGUUUGGUGUGCCCUGCAUCAACAUGGCCAUAUCGCGAUACAUGCUGGUGGAGCAGCAAGGCCAUGACAUCAUCACUUGAACCACCUGCCCUCUUCAAUCCAUGCCACCUCUCUCUCUGACCAGGUGUGAUCGGAGUGCAGCUGGUGGUUACCAUGGUAAUGGCCAGUGUAAUUCAAAAAAUCAUACCUCAUUAUUCUUUCGCAAGAUGGUUACUCUGCAGUGGCAGUCUUCGGUGGUACCAGCACCCUACGGAAGAUGAGUUGAGGAACCUCGCUGGGAAACAGAAAGGACUAAAGAGGAAAGACAGGAAGUACAACGGUCACAUAGACAACAAGCCGCUAACUGUACCCAAGGACAUCGAUCUACAACUGGAGACAAAAUGCAUUACGGAAGUCGACACAUUAGCAUUGCACUACUUCCCUGAGUUCCAGUGGUUGGUUGAUUUCACAGUAGCAGCGACUGUGGUCUAUCUAAUAACGGAGCUGUACUACAGUGUGGCUCAGCCCUCAGGAGAGAUGAACAUCAGUGUGGUCUGGUGCCUGCUAGUGCUCGCCUUUGUCAUCAAGACGCUCUUCUCUCUGACGGCCCACUACUUUAAGCUUGAAGAAGGAGGCGAGCGCUCCCUUUGCAUUACCUUCGGCUUCUUCUUCUUCGUCAAAGCCAUGGUCAUCCUCAUUGUCACUGAAAACUACCUGGAGUUCGGUCUGGAGACGGGUUUUGCAAACUUUUCUGACAGCGCUUUACAGUUCCUGGAACACCAAGGCUUGGAGUCACAGGGUCCUAUAUCGAAACUUACUUUCAAGCUAAUACUAGCCUUUUUGUGUGCCCUGAUUGGAGCCUUUUUAACCUUCCCUGGACUGCGAUUGGCCCAGAUGCACCUCGAUGCCCUCAAUGUGACCACAGCCAAAUUUACACAGACUUUGCUGCAUAUCAACUUCCUUUCCCCACUUAUCAUGGUCCUGCUGUGGGUGAAGCCCAUUACCAAGGACUACAUAAUGAACCCCACCCUCGGAAAGGACAGCUCACCUUUGAUGGCUGAGCAGACGUACGACACACUGCGGUUAUGGACCAUCAUACUGAUGUGUGCGCUGCGACUCGCGAUGCUGAGGCAUCAUUUGCAGGCCUACCUCAACCUGGCUCAAAAGGGCGUGGAGCAGAUGAAGAAGGAGGCGGGACGAAUAAGUACCAUCGACCUGCAGAAGAUGGUUGCACGUGUUUUUUACUACUUGUGCGUAAUCGCACUACAGUAUGUGGCACCGCUGGUGAUGCUGCUCCAUACAACCUUGCUGCUAAAAACAUUAGGUGGAUAUUCAUGGGGGUUCUAUCUUGAAGCAGAAGAGCUGCCCUGCACCCAUCAGAUGGACUCUGCACCCGGUGAAGCACCAACAACAACAACCCCCUCGCUGGAGGCGGCAUCGCGGGCAUCAGCGAGCCAACUAUCGGUGGCACUGGGGGGGCUGAAGACCGUCUUUAGCCCCUUGCUUUUCCGAGGCCUCCUCUCUUUCUUCACGUGGUGGAUCGCCGCCUGCCUUUUCUCCACCUCCCUCUUCGGCCUAUUUUACCACCAAUAUCUCAUGGCGGCGUAGGGCCGAUGACGGACCACAUCAUCAGAACUCCUGCUUCAACUUCCAGUGCUUCCUUCACAGGUGACUCUGUGUUUUGACAUCCACUCCUUUUUAUUCACCUUCACACCAGAUUUUCUUACAUUUAAGAACAAUCCUGACUGGUGGUCAAAUACACGAUCUCAUAUGCUGUAGGUUACGGCUCACAUGUGGCACACAUGUGUUUUUUACAGGUCCAGAGUUAUUCCCUUACAUUUGACUGAAUUUGGGGGUUAUUAAGUUGAGGUAAGCGGCCUUCCUUGGGCAAAUACUGACAGACUGAAGUAUUUGGAAGUGAUUUAGAAGAAUAAGGUGGGGGGGGCACUGUCAUGAGCAGGAUGAAUGUGUGUACAGUAUGUAUGAAUGUUUGUUAGGGUUGUACGGUAUAGCGGUACGAGUAUAGUACCACGAUACUAAUGAAUCAUAUCCGGUACUAUAACGCCUCUAAAAAGUAUCGGUCCGCUCCGUGCACCACCCUCCUUCUUUUCUAACGGGCAUGACGGCGCGUCGUCGUCAGGUCGUGACAUUGCUGGUUUUACGAGCAGAGGAGCGUGUUCGGCAGCGCACACACGGAGUAUUUACAAGCAGACACGGUGUGACGACAGGGAGAAUGGACGCAUUUUGGCUUGAAAACAAAAGAUAAAGGUAAAGUUAUAACACUGACACGCCCACAGGAAGAAGUGCUUUAAGACAUGACUAGCUAGCUCGCGGCGAACGUCCACUCGCAGUCGGCAGUGUUUUAGCUACUUUUAAAUCACUAAUCCUCGCCUCCAUGGCGACAAACAAAGUAAGUUCCUUACAAGUUACAUUAUCACUGGAGGACGAAGAAUAGCUAAACAUGCUUCACUACACACUGUAGGAGGAUAAAAUAGCUCAACGGCGUCACAAUGUAAACAAACGCCAUGGGUGGAUCUACACCUGACAUCCACUGUAAUAAUGCCAAGUACAGGAGCGUAUUGAGUCGAUACCACUAUGAUUACAUCUAUUAUUUAGCGUCACAAAAUCUUUUUUUUUUUAAAUGUAUAGUAUGUUUAAAACAUUUGGGCAAUAUGUCCCUAAGGACUUAAAUUAUGACCUAUGUAAGAUCCUGUAACCUCUUUGUAUCGGAUCGAUACCUAAAUGUGUGGUAUCAUCCAAAACUAAUGUAUCAAAAAAAAGGAGAAUAAGUGAUUGUUACAUUUUAACAGAAGUGUAGAUAGAACAUGUUAAAAGGAAAAAGUAAGCAGAUGAUAACAGUAAUUGAACAAUUAGACUAAUAAUUCAUUUUCUACCACUUGUCCUUAAUCAUGUUGACAAAAUAAUAGAAUGAGAAAUAACACAAUAUGUUACUGCAUAUGUCAGUGGACUAAUUAGGAGCUUUACUACUAAAAGACAAGUUGUCUAGUAUGUUCACUCUUUUAUAUAAGGACAAACUUGCAAUAAAAAACAUGUUUAUUGUACCGUAAGGUUUUUUGUUAAAAAAAAGCCAAUUACGCCAUUUUUUGUGGUCCCCUUUUAUUUACAAAAGUAUCGCAAAGUAUCGAAAUACAUUUUGGUACAGAUACAGGAACCAAAAUAUUGGUAUUGGGACAACCCUAAUGUGUGGACAGUAUGUAUGAAUGUGUGUGUGGGUGUGGGUGAAGGUCCAUACUCGUUCAGAGAUGGUCGGAAUAUGUGAAGUUGAAGAGUUUAAACUGAGCCAUUCUGAAAACGAGAGUGCUGAGCUCUUUCAGAGCGGCUGUGACCAUUGAGAAAAAAAUUUAACGAGGGGAGCGCAACGCUUUUCGCCCGCCGUGUUCCGCAUGCGCUCCCUUCUGAAGCUCUGUCGCGAUCGACUUGUUUUUUUUUUUUCGUUUUUUCUCAAAUCACUUUAUUUUAUAAUUAGAGUGUUUCUAACAAAUCAAAGGGAUUUCCGCAAUGGUGCCAAGUGUUCCACGUCCACACCUUAACGGCCUUGUUUUUCCUCGGCCAUGAAGAAGUGGUCUCUCCGUAACCUAGACCCGAGUGUAACUUUUUAAACUCAUAGAGAAAGUCCAAACCUUUCAACUACUUAAGGCCAUAACACUUUUUUUCCUCCAGGAGACACGCAUCAUAUCACAACUUCUGUUUUACACAUUGGGAAAUAUGAACUAAUUAAUGAAUGUAUCAAUCCUGCCUAAUCUCUAGAUUGUUUUCAUGAAACUGAUUUUGUGUUGUUUUUUUAACUUCCCACACUUCCUCUUCUGCCAUUCUGCUGCAGGCAUAUUUUUAUUUGUCCGGAUGAGUAUUUUUCUUAGUAUUUAUUAAAGAUGUCUUGGCCUGUAAACAUUUCAAAUUUUAACACAAGAUGUUUUAAUUUUGGUGUUAGCAUGCAUGGUGACUUAAAUCAGUUUUGUACAUGUUUUGACAGUUUUUAAUCAUGUUUUGACAUUUUUUAAUCUGUUCAGUUGGGAAGUAGCUGGGAUACUUUCAAGAAUUCCGUUCGGUACCACUGAAAGUUGGUAUUCACAAAAUAGUUCACACAUGUUGUUCCUUCAUGUAUUUAUUUCAGAAUGUGUCUUUUAAUAAAUUAUGUUCUUUCA